CGAUUAAAAUUAAAUGCAGCUCCAAAAAUGGCAAAUUCUGUUGAAAUGAACAGUAAAUUGAUUGAGGUACCAAAAUGUGCUACUCCUCAGCCUUUUGAACAUAUAUCUGAUCCUGAUGUUACAAACAAUUCAUUUUUAAGCCCAGUUGAAUUAUUUCCUAGAACACCAGAAUCAUUACCUGGCUGUUCAAAGAGCUGUUCAACAUCGGAUAUUCCAUCAAGACCUUCAUCAAGUUGUUCAACUACUUGUUCAGAUUCUGAAACUCAGACUGGAUUACGUUUAUCCCAAAACACACCUAGAAAAAUCAAAUUAAAGGAAAGAUUAUGUUACAUGGAAAUGCAAUUGAAACCUGCUUUAAAAGAAUGUUAAAACCUCAAAACUAUUAAUGUAAAU